UCCACUCCUUUCUUACUAACCUCGAUAGCUAAUCUGAGUUUAUCCUACCAAUUACCACCUGCACACACACAGUACUGUCCGUUAUCAGCAUUUCAGUUUCAACUCCACGCAGCAGGAUUCAGAAACAAUUAAUUUGGAGUAUUUGCUGUCCACAGCCCAUUGGGAGGAGGAGGAGGAAGAAAACAAAAGAUAUGGAGCCAGCCCCACUCCAGAGAAGAUGUCGAACAUGUCCAUGGCAUUAAGCACGCUGCUUAACCUAAACCUGAACCUUCACCUUCUGUUGUUGGCUUGGCCAUGAUACUAAAUCAAGUUACAGUAUCGCAGUUGGUAAACAAUAAGAUUUUUUUUUAUGUUAUAUUUCCACACCUCGAGCUUUCAUUUGCUGCCUAUUGAGGUAUGGCAUCAUCAUCAUCAUCCUUCAGUUCCUUCUUCUCCCCGUGCAGUGAUCUCGGAGGUCGUCGUUUGAGUGGCGCAGUGGUGCUGCCGUUUCCGAGGAUCGGAGAGAUGGGGAAAGCCGUCGCCGAGGAGGAGGAGGAGUUGUCGGAGGAGGACGGGAUGCCGCCGGCGGAGAAGAAGAGGAGGCUGAACGUGGAUCAGGUGAGGACGCUGGAAAAGAACUUUGAGCAGGGGAACAAGUUGGAGCCCGAGAGGAAAAUGCAGCUGGCGGUGGCGCUGGGACUGCAGCCGAGGCAGGUGGCCAUCUGGUUCCAGAACCGGCGAGCUCGGUGGAAGACCAAACAAUUGGAGAAAGACUACGACGAGCUCAAGAGACAGCUAGAGGCCGUGAAAUCCGAGAACGAGGCCCUGCAGGCGCACAACGACAAGCUCCAAACAGAGAUCAUGGCUCUCAGAGGGAGAGAGACGUCGGAGCUGAUCAACCUCAACAAGGAAACAGAAGGCUCGUGCAGCGAGAACAGCUCCGAGAUCAACUUGGACAUGGCGAGCGCCUCCUUGCAGCCUCACCAGGUCCUUCCUUUCUUGGCGUCGAUUAGGCCGGCGGAGAUGGAGGCGCAGCGCCCCAAGGCCGAGCACGGGGGCGGCGCCGAGGGAACCUUCAGCAACUUGCUGUGCAGCAUGGAAGACCACCAUUCUGCUUCCUUCUGGCCAUGGCCAGAUCACCACAGCUUCCAUUGAUCAUGUAUCAAGAAUCAGCAGCUAGCAGUGCUUUAAUUCCACUUGUUUUCAUAAAAUUGGUUUCGAUCGAACUCGGAUCGUAUUUAGAAA